AUGGAGCCGACUGUUGAACAUCACGCCGACGGUGGCCACCAUAUCUCGCACAUUGUCGAGCACAUCGCCAUAGAUGCCGGCUCCAAGAGCCAUCACGGCCUCGGACUGUGGCCGCCACCGUCCAGCGAUCCGCGGGACCCGUUGCGGUGGCCACGCAGCGGCAAGCUGCUGGCCCUCGUCGUCACCACCUUCUUCAAUUUUGUCGGCAACUUUGCCAAUGCCGGUCUCUCGGUCGCGACUGUGCUGCUCGAGAUGCAGUUCCACAAGUCCGGCCAGGAGAUCAACAAGCUGCUGACUUUCAACUUCCUCCUCCUCGGCAUCGGCAACCUGGUCUGGGUGCCACUGUCGGUCAAAUUCGGCAAGCGUCCGAUGCUGUUAAUCUCCUCGACCAUCAUGUUUGCCACCCUUCUCUGGGCGGCCAAGGCCACGACAUUCAACCAGCUGCUGGCCUCUCGAUGCAUCCUAGGCUUUGCAUCUGCCGCUGGCGAGAGCAUCCUCCCCGGCAUCGUGUCCGACAUGUUCUUCCUGCACGAGCGAGGAGCGAUGAUGGCCAUCUAUGUCAUCUUCAUCUCGUGCGGCUCGGCAGUCGGCCCCCUGAUCGCCGGCUUCGUCGUCCAGGACAGCCCGGGAACGUGGCGGGACUACGAAUGGGUAUCUGCCUCCCUGGCCGGCUUCACCCUCGUCGCCAUCUUCUUCUUUUAUCCCGAAUCCUCCUUCAUUCGACCGUCAACCGACGAGGACACACCCUCUGGCUCUUUCGACCUCGCCAGCGACCCGGCCAAGAAGGAAGAGCUUGACGGCAUGUCCAGCCGGGUCGAGAAUGCCGUGCCAGCCGCUGCUGCCGUCGCUGUCGGCACCGUCCCGGUCGUUCCCAUCUCGUACCCGCGUGUCUGGACGUCCUUUUUCAAGAUCAACCCCCUCGUGCGGCUCCAUCGCGCCUUUGCCAUGCCGUUUGCCUUUGUCCUCUGCGUGCCCGUGCUCUGGACCAUCUUUAUCUACGGCAGCUCUCUGGCGGCGCAGGUCAUCAUGAUCUUCUCCUUCCCGUCGCUGCUCCUGGCCCCACCGUAUCUCUUUGCCGCCAGCAGCGUCGGGCUCAUGCAGAUCGCGGCCCUCAUCGGCUUCGUCUUUGCCUGCUACGGCGGCGGCUACAUCUCGGACGUGAUCACGGCUCGGCUCAUCAUCCGCAACCGCGGCACCUUUGUGCCCGAGCAGCGCCUCGUCUCCAUCCUGCCCGGCUGCUUCAUCGGCCCGGCCGGCUGCAUCCUGAUCGCGUUCGCCUGCGACCGGUCGCUGCACUGGUCCGCCAUCGCCGUCGGCUUCGGCAUGGUCUCGUUUGGGACCGUCUACGCGCCCAACAUCGCCAUGACCUAUCUGCUUGACUGCUAUCCCGAGUUCUCCCAGGAGAUCCUCGUGGCCGUCAACGUGGUCAAGAACCUGGUCGCCUUCCUGUUUCUGUACGUGGCCGUCGACUGGAUCAAGUCCCAGGGCUGGAUCCAGGUGUACAUGAUCAUGUUCAUGGUCGUCACCCUACCCCUUCUCCUCGCCAUCCCGCUCUACUAUUUCGGGCGCAGGGCGCGGGAGGCGUUUGACCCCAACCAUGGGGCUAUAAGUUCGUCCAGUCCCCGCGCCCAGUCGUUUGUCUGGUUCGUAACGGCACUCCCCACGGGCGCGCGGCCGACCUCGUCCAAGGUCGAGUUCGUCGAGUAUGUCGAGCAGAUCGAGACGGCCGAGCAGGACGACGUCGUCGAGCACGCCAUCCCUCUCGUCCUCCACGGCGAGACGGUGCUGAACGAGCUCGACAGCAGCCGGCGCCACCUCCUGCCGGGUGGCUACUUCCAGGGCGCCGAUGUCGACGACUGCCAGCGCGCCAUCGAGAGCAGCGCGGCCGCCUUCGAGACGUGGUCCCAUGAGUCGCCCAUCGCUCGACGACAGCUCCUUAUGAAGCUCGCUGCUCUGCUCCGCGAACGCGGAGACGAGGCCAAGGCGCUCACCCAAGCCGAGAUCCACUGCUCCGAGCUCUGGGCCGAUAUCAACCUCCAGGGCAGCAUCGGCCUCAUCGAGGAGACUGCCGCCAUGCUCACAUCCACCGCCGUCCGAGGGUCCAUGCCGCACACCGCAGCACCCGGGUCCUACGGUAUGGUCUUCACCCGUCCCCUGGGCAUCGUCGUCGGCAUUGCGCCCUGGAACGCGCCGCUGCUCCUGGGCUUCCGUGCCGUCGUCGCCCCGGUUGCUGCUGGCAACACCGCCAUUCUCAAGGGUUCCGAGCUCAGUCCGAGAACACACUACUUCAUCGCCAACCUGUUUGUUGAGGCGGGCUUCCCGGCCGGCGUGGUCAACUUCGUGCUGCACCGGCCAGAAGAUGCGUCUGACGUGGUCGACGUUUUGAUCAAGCACCCGGCUGUGCGCAAGAUCAACUUCACCGGCUCGACUGCUGUCGGCCGGAUCGUCGCCCAGAAGGCCGGACAGGCCUUGAAGCCGAACGGCCAGAUCUGCAUGUCGACCGACCUCGUCGUCGUCGUCCGCGCGGUCGCCGACGCCUUCAAGGCCGAGCUGCAGAAGGCACUCCGGCAGAUUGACGGGACCAGCUGGACGGUCAUCUCGCCACGCAGCGCGGCCAAGCUCGAGGGCCUGGUGGCUGACGCGGUCAGCAAGGGCGCGACGGUGCUGUCGACGGCGACAGCGGGCAGCCGGAGCGGACUGCCGCCGCCACCACAGGACCUCCCCUUCCGUCUGGUCGAGGACCUCACGCCGGCGAUGCACUACUUUGCCGAGGAGUCGUUUGGGCCGAUGCUCGGACUCGUCGUGGUCGAGGAUGAGGCCGCGGCCGAGCGCGUCGUCAACGCGUCCGAGUAUGGUCUCUCGGCCGCCGUCUGGUCGCGCAACCACCACCGGGCCCUCGAGCUCGCCCGCCGCCUCGACGUUGGCGCUGUCCACAUCAACGCGCCUACUGUCCACGACGAGGCUACCCUGCCGCACGGCGGCAGCAAGUCUAGCGGCUUUGGCCGCUUCGGCGCCGAGUGGGGCCUCCUCGAGUUCUCCCAGUCCCAGACCGUCAUCCUGCACGCAUAG